CUCCCCAAACAACUGUCUCCCUCACGUUCCUACAGGCCGCGCCUCCUAACACCUCGAUCCAGGAGGAAACCGAUCACCUGACCAGGGAACCAGACUGGCAGAUUGUUUGUAAGCUGCAGUGAGGAGCAGUAAUUAUUUAACAACUGGAUAAACAACCCCGACUCCCGUGGCAGUCUGCAAGAAGACAGAAGAGCUCAGCUAUCAGUUUCCUCUUGAAAUCCCAUUAGAAUUGAAGUCUUUUAAGCACGGAUGGAGACUGUGUUUAGCGAGUGUCCUGAGGUUGUCCACGAUGCAACAAUUGAAAACGUCUGAUUAUAACAUCAUGUCAUUAUUUCUCGUUCCCUCUCCACACAAAACAAAGAUAUUGUGUGGGCUUCAUUAAUCAUUUCACAUGAAAUACCCCUUCUAACUUGAACAAUAAAACAUUCUAACUUUAAAUUAUUAUAACCACUAUUGAAGGCCUUCGCCUCGCUGCAGGACAUUUACCUCAGCCAGGAGAGCCCACAACAUCAUCAAGGACAGACCCCCCGCCGGCAUCAAGCAGACGCUACAGUCUGGAAUCCAGAACAAAGAGACUAACAAGCAGUUUCUACGAGGAGGCCUCACAAGACCCCCAACUACACACAUGCACACACAGACAUACACAAACUGAACUAUGACUGACUAUGGCUGCUGGGACUUCAUGUCACCAACUCACAAUAAUUGCAACAAUGCAUGGUGCUCUAGCUUUUUGCCUAAUGCAUAUGUAUAUAUAUUUCAUAUAUUUAUAACCCACGCAGACACAGGGAGAACAUGCAGACUCUACACAGAAAGGCCACUGGGCGGAGACGAACCCAGGACCUUCUUGCUGAAGGAAGCCGUCGGGGAGUCUGUUGCACAGUGGGACAGACAUUCCUCGCUGAAUACAUUGCAGAGGGUCUUCAUGCUCCUCGCUAUGAACACUGGCUGGAGGGUGAAGGGUACAGAUGUCGGCGUUCUCUGUCCGGGUGACCUCCGUCAGCCCCGAGCCACGUUUGUCAUCGCUAAGUGGAUGUGGCACAACAAAAGAAAAAGAAAAAAUGGAAGGACACCUUAUGAUAUCUCUGACGUCAGAGCCGCGUGGUUAAUUGGACAGGUGAGGCCGCUGUCCGGGGUGCUGAAUCCUGAGCCCAAGUCUUUGAACGCAAAGCAGCCAGCUGCUGCGGCCGAUGCGCGUUCUGCGUGUCCUGCCCAGGAGGCUGCGAAAAUCUACCACACCAACUACGUGAGAAACUCCCGAGCCAUCGGCGUCAUGUGGGCCGUGUUCACCAUCUGCUUCGUCAUCAUCACCGUCGUGGUCUUCAUCCAGCCCUACUGGAUCGGGGACAGCGUGGACACCCCGCAGGCCGGCUACUUCGGCCUCUUCCACUACUGCAUCGGCAACGCGCUCACCUCGGAGCUCAUCUGCAAGGGCAGCAUCCUGGACUUCGCCUCAAUCCCCUCGCCGGCCUUCCGGACAGCCAUGUUCUUCGUGGGCACCUCCAUGCUGCUGAUCGUGGGCACGAUGGUCUGCUUCAGCUUGUUUUUCUUCUGCAACGCCGGCAACGUGUACAAGAUCUGUGCGUGGAUGCAGCUGGCAUCGGCGGCGCUGAUGGUGAUGGGCUGCAUGAUCUACCCGGACGGCUGGGACGCUCCGGAGGUGAAGAGGAUGUGCGGCCAGAAGACGGAUAAGUACAGCCUGGGGAACUGCACGGUGCGCUGGGCCUACAUCCUGGCCCUCAUCAGCAUCCUGGACGCCGUGCUCCUGGCGUUUCUCUCCUUCACCCUCGGCAACCGUCAGGACAAACUGCUGCCGGAUGAGUUCCAGGUGGAGGGCGGAGCAGAAAACCCCUGAUGAACAUGGACCUCAGGAGCGAUGAAGAUGCGAUGAAGAUGCGAUGA